AUGUGUGAUGUUUUUACAAGAUUAUAUGAAAAUUCAACAUCACAUAGACCUAAGGCAGAGCGAAAAGUAAGAGAUAGUAUUAGAAAAGAAGAAACUGAAAAAUGGAAAUUAACGUUAGCAGCAAAUUGCUAUCUUGUUGACCGAAAUGAUGCUCCUCAAGCAGAAAAUCUCGAAGUGAUAUCAUCACUUAACUCUAUUUCUUUACAUAGAAAACGUCCUAGAACGUCCAGCACAAAGAAUAGAAAGAAUCCAGUUUUAAAUGAAAAUAGGCGUACAGUUUCAACAAUAAUGGAUAGAAAAGGUAGUGUAGUCUGCGUUGAUAAUUAUAUAAUUACUGACUCAGUAGAACCAACACCUUAUGCAAUAUGCAAACCUGAAGAACCUCUAUCAGCAAGGCGAUUUUACCAACCAACUGUCACACCAAAAAGUCCUCGUUUUAAUACCGAAAAAUACAAAUCUCAGAUACAAAUGACAAAACCAAAACAAAUUCAAUGGGCGCCAACAGAACAUAUCACCGUAACUAAUUUGAAUGUACAAACAGACAAAAAUCUUAAGAAAGCAGGGCCAAAAUCAGGAAUUAUGGUUGAUAUUGAUCAUGUUGAAGAUAUUAAUGAAGAAAUUCCAAAACCAACACCAUUAAUUUCUUCAACUGGUACAACAUGGGAUAAUUAUGGCUUCCCACUUUCUGUUUCUUCAAUUUUGGAUCCUAUUUAA